AUGCUCGGCUUCCCGCAACUUGAUAUUGGGGACCUCGAUGCUGCCAACCAUGGAUGGAAAAACAUUUUGGUCGCAGCAAACGGGGCAAAUGGGUCGGACCCCGUACAGCUGAAAUUUCCUCCGGACACGCCUUUCCAGAAUUUUUUAGACUGGAGCGGGCCCAAGGUCAACGUCACCCCUGCCCGACGCGCCUUCACGGAAUCCGGAGACGAGAUUCAGGACUUCGACCAGUUACUCGAUGACGAUGUCGUUUAUAUCUCCAGAGGCGAGGAUUUCUGCAAGGGCGGGGUUGACAAAACAGCGGAUGGAGAGAUCGUUGCCAUCAAACUUAUCAACAAACGGUCAUUUAACGAGAUCACUGAUGCUGACCGUGUUUUCGUUGAGAUCCAGGCGCUGAGAGAUCUGUCUCACAAGCACGUGAUAAAGAUGAAGGACGUCGUGGAUAACCCAAAAUACAUCUGCUUCAUCAUGGAGUACGCGACGAAUGGCGAGUUACGAAAUUACGUUUCAAAAAAAACACGUCUGAAGGAAGAUGAAGCCCGGCAAUUUUUUGAGCAGAUUAUCAAGGGUGUUCACUACUGCCACUCCAAGAACAUCGUGCACCGGGAUCUAAAGCUUGAGAAUAUUUUGCUGGACGAGGGCAACCAGUGCAAAAUCGCCGAUUUUGGGCUGUCUCACUUCGUGGUAGACAGCCACGCGACCGUCACGGAGGGAGGGACGCAAGCGUACCUCGCCCCGGAAGUGUGGAAUGGCCAAUCAAAGCAUUCAAGCCCUUUCCAACUCGACGUUUGGGCACUUGGCGUGAUUCUCUUCGGCAUGACUCAUGGACGUCUCCCUUUCGAGAGGCCAGAUCGCCAUACGCUCGAAAGGUUAAGGACGGUACUAAGUCAGGACAGCUCGCCUUCCUGUACCUUCUCUUCCUCAAAACAUUCGGUUGCUUGUCCUUCAGCGGCUGAUCUCGUUGCCUGCUGCCUGCCUUUCGAUGCAUCCGCGUCCCCGGCAUUGAAGAGGACGAUAAAUGCAAUGCUUCAUCCGGACCCACGAAAAAGAAUCCGGAUCAGUGACCUCAUGAAUGAUGCGUGGCUGAGGCAGUCGCUCCCCUGGGAAGAUGCACAAGAGACUCUUCAACGCGACCUCAGUGGAAAUUGCAGCUCUGAGUGCGGAAUGUUUGUCCCUUGUUUGCGUUGCAUCCCGGUUUCUUCCAAUUCUCCAGCGAAAGUAGAUUCGUCCAAUCCGAGUCGUUCGCCCUCACAAGACGGAGGCCCCUCGUCUGAAGCUGUUCCCCCUGCAGGCACGACGAUCGAUGACGCAAUGCACGUCAAUCGUUCUGUUUUAAGAUCUUGGGAAACCCUCUCCCAGGGCACGGCGCCGACGUCUAGCAGUGGAGCCUCUCCGAAGGAUUCCUCGGCCCCCGCUGUCAAAAGACCUUCGCGAACUCGCGCCCCCGAGAGUCUCCAGUCCUCGUCAGUUCCAUCGAACCGCGGGCGGGCUCAAAUGACAGUCGAAAGUAACACUUUGCGUGUCCAUUCCGGCGCAGUUACAGUGAUACCGCCUUCUGCUCACAGCCCCGGGGCACCGCCCACUUCAUCUACGAGGCUCUCGGGGGGGACGGUUGCCGGUCGCAAGAAACUCGGAUCUCAGGGUGGAUCGGCAAAUGGAUCUGCACUAAACUUUGCUCCUCUUCCUUCGGGCAAUGCAGCGGGUUCCCACAGUUCAGCCACUGGGGCCAGGAGGCGCUCGCCGUCUGUAGGAGGGAGCGCCCGUUCACCACGGGGAAGCAGAAACCGAUAG